GGGAAAGCGUGUGGUGCGAUUGGAUGAGGCGAGAUGAAGGCUUGCCAAGGACACCAGCAUCAAAUUCGUCAGACGAGGCGGCAUUGGCUUGGUGCCUGCCGGUGCUUUUGCUACGCCGCCUCACAAGCAGCGCCUCCACCCAGUGGCCUGGGAGCCAGCAGCAGGUAAUAUAUGACCCGACGAGAGCAAGCAGCAUUCAUGAAUCGUGUACACUCAGACAAUGAAUGCGAAGAAGUGAAUGACUUGUUUUGUGGCGGUGUGUGUGUGUGUGUAUGUGUGUGUGUGUGUGUGUUCAGGGGCAAGGAGGUGAUGCCGGCGCACAAGUAUCCCCGGCCCGAUCGGAUAGCGUUCGACGACAAGUGGCCGCGGCGGCAGUGGCCCGACAGGACCAUCACCGAGGCACCCACAUGGUGCUCGGUUGACCUCAGGGACGGCAACCAGGUCAGCCAGCCGCAGCCGCAUCCACUAGCUAGAGGGGGUGGAUGCUGGCCGGUGUCUUGUCUGUGUGUGUUCAGGCUCUUGUCCACCCGAUGAACAUACCGAAGAAGCUCCUGCUUUUCGACCACUUGCUGGGCCUGGGGUUCAGGGAGAUAGAGAUCGGCUUCCCCUCUUCGUCUGACGCCGACUUUGACUUUUGCCGCCACGUCAUCGACAAGAAGCUUAUACCCAGCGGAGUGAGGGUCUGCGUUGCCACCCACGGCAGGCUGGAGGCCAUCGACCGGUCCAUCGCCGCGCUGGAGGGCGGGCAGAAGCUGCUCUUCCAUCUCAUGACGCCUAUCGACCCCAUACAGACACAACUGGUACAAUCGCACUGUUCCCUCUUUCCGCAACCCGCCCACUCCACACACGAGCUGCUCAACGGUUCUGUGUUCCCUCCCUCGCUGUGUCAGGUGUAUCGCACUGACCAGGCCGGCAUCCGUGACCUGGCUGUCCGGUCGGCCCGCGAUCUGCACCGUCAGGUGCGUGAGCAGCUUGACACGGAUGACGUGAUGCUCGAGUACUCGCCCUCAUGGUUCACCCGGGCCCCGAUGGAGCUGACCCUGGCGGUCAUCGAGGGGGUACUCGGGGAGUGGCAGCCGACGGACGACCGGCCGGCCAUCAUCAACCUCCCCGCCACCAUGGAGACCAUGGCCCCCAACCUCUACGCAGAUCGGGUCGAAUGGCUGCAUACACACAUACCGGUAACCACACACACAGACACACACAGGUGCACAUUCGCACAUCAAUGGCUCUCUUCACACAGGACCGUUCUCGUGUGAUUCUGUCGCUGCACCCGCACAACGACCGCGGGACGGCCGUGGCGGCCACGGAGCUGGGGCUGAUGGCGGGGGGGCAGCGGGUGGAGGGCUGCAUGUUCGGCAACGGCGAGAGGGCCGGCAAUGCCUGCCUCGUCACACUCGCGUGCAACAUGCUCUCAGAGGGGGUCGACCCCAAGAUCGACCUGUCGGACCUGCCGUCUACCGUCGAGGUGAAGGAGGGAGGGAGGGACGAGCGGCAUACAGUGCAUUCACUGCAUGUUCAUCGUGUGUGUGCGGAAUGGAAUGGAAUGGGUGUCUGUGUCUGUCAAUCUACAGGUUGUAGAGUAUGCGACAGAGGUCAAGGUGGGUGCGCGGCACCCAUGGGGCGGGGCGCUCGUCUUCACAUCUUUCUCAGGCACACACCAGGUAAAGAAACGGCCGCAAGACAGCACACGGACCUCUCCUCCCCACAUUAUGCCAACGUGUUUAUGCGUCGUUCAGGAUGCGAUAAGCAAGGGUCUCACAGCUGCUGAGGACGGCGACGGCAUGUGGCGCGUGCCGUACCUCCCGCUGGACCCGCAGGACCUCGGCCGCAGCUACGAGUCCAUCGUGCGCAUCAACAGCCAGUCCGGCAAGGGCGGCGUCGCAUUCCUCAUGGAAAAGGAAUUCGGUAACCACAUCAAUCACACACAGACGGAGAGCACCCAGAUGACACGCGUGUGUGUGUGUCCGUCGUUAGGGUACGUGUUGCCUCGCGAGAUGCAGGUGGAGUUCGCGCAGCUGGUCAAGGCCUACACGGGCACACACGAGGUGGAGGCAUCCGUCUACGACCUGUGGGAGCUGUUCAGGCAGACAUACCUCGUCAGACACACGCCCCUGCAGCUGCUGGAGUACAGGGUGCUGCACGGGGAGGUCCCCACCGGCCCCCCGCUGCCCAACGUCAUCAACGGCGAGUGGAUCGGCAGCACCAACGGGGCGGAGCUCGGUAUGUCACACACACACACACACACACACAUACACAUACAAAUGCAUGUGGAUCUAUCAAGCUGAGGGUGUGUGUGUGUGUGUGUGUAGGUCCGAUACAGUCCGUGGGUCCGUCAGGUGGUGUGGAGCCGGUCACUGUGGUGGCUGAAGUGAUUCUCGAUGGCAAAAGGGUAAGAGAGUGGGUGAAGAAGCAAAGCAGGGGAAAUCCCUCAAGGACCCACACAUCCUGGAUCGCAUCUAUCGUCCGCACAUCGGUGUGUGUAGGUGUCGGUGCGUGGCGGGGGCAACGGUCCGAUCGACGCCUUUGUGCAGGGCCUCAAUACACACCUCAGGCAACACGUACGUACACAAAUGAAUGCACAGAUGAAUGCAUUCAUCCACACAUGACUGACAUGCACACACGCAUAGCAUAGAUAGCAUACAUGCAGGUGUCUGUGACUGUGGAGUGAGUGUGUGGCCUUCCCUUCCUUGCCGUGCACUCACUGACUGCCCUCAGGUUGAGGUGAUGCGGUACUACCAGCACGCCAUCGGCAAAGGAUCCAAAGCUGAGGUGGUCACUGAGUCACACACCUAAUGCAAUCAAUGCAUGUGUAUACUAUGUCUGGCGUGUGUGACGUGCACUGCACUGCAGGCGGUGUGCUACGUCCAGAUCCGCGGCAAGCUGAGCGAAGAGUCGGGCAACGUCAAGAGAUUCGGGGUACGUCACGUGAGCCGGGAUGUGAUGUCUCCACCCAUGAUGUGUGUGUGUGUGUGUGUGCAGGUUGGCAGUGACGUCAACACCAACACGGCCUCCCUGAAGGCCAUCUGCAGCGCUGUCAACCACCUCCUCUCUCUCGAGGUACAGACAGACGCCCACACACACACACACAUACACAAAAGAGGCCGCAUGAAUGAAUGAAUGGAUGGACGGCUCGUGCGGGUGUAUCUAGGCUGAGGAGUCAGCUGACAGUGCCGCCAAGGGCCCCGUGGAAUUCCGCUUGCCGUCCACCAUGACAACUGGAGCCAGCCAGACAUAGAUAGACACCCACACCAGUUUGCGCACGUGUGAUGCCCUCCCUUUCAUCCUGCGGGCCUUUAUCGAGUCAGUCAGGCGUCUGGUGUUGUCUGUCAGCUGCUGUGCGUGAGUGAGCUUUUUUUCGUUUGGGGUAAUCCCAUACAGACAGUGUCAUUGCUGCCUCAACUUGUUUGCUGUGUGUGUGUCUGGAUAAACUGCGGUGACUGCAUGUAUUUAUUGUGCUGCACCACCGCGUCUAUCUCGUCGACUCUUUUUCGUGACUGACGCUAUGGGCUUUCCGCUCACUCUGCUGCCCAAUGAAGCCUUGAUGAGCCAAUCGGUCCACUCCACAUGAAUGUGUGUGACUUAUCCUGAACGAGUCCUGAAUCAGGAUCGAUUCGUCU